UAAGCUAGAUGACCAAAUUCUUUCCACAUUCACCAUUCUGUGCAAGUUUCUUAACUAUAAAAUGUUUUUAAUAAAAUAUCUGGGGAGAACAGUUCAAGAUGGUGACGUAGGAAGAUCCUGAAUUUGCCUCCUCCCAUGGGUGCACAGAGUACAGCUACAUAUGGAAUGGUUUCCUCUAAUAAACCUCAAGCCUGGCUGAGUGAUGACUACACAUCAGGCAAAAGGAAGAAAACCACAUGAAAUGGGUAGGAGAGAAUCAGAAACAGCCUCACCAUAAACCUCCACUGGUGGCAUACCAACUCACAAUCAGGAGGGAACUCAAAACCUGGAGAUUCUCAUGAGGAGCAAAGUGUUCAAACCCCACAUCAGGCACCGAAGUUCUAAGAAACAAGCCCUCAAAACAUCUCAUUUCAAAAAGCACUGGGGUUCACAUCCUGAGACCCAUGAGCCUGUAAUAUUCUGAGAAAUAGCUCUUGAAAGGCCCAUACACUAGGACUCACCCACCCCAGGGCCCAGCUUAGAGGCAGCCUGUCUUGCCUAGACUUAAGUGAAAGAGGCUCACCUGCAUAUGUUAAAGCAUCAUCAGCCUGAGGGUCAUGCAUCCAAUUGAAGACUCAUCUAGGAGACAGCUGGAACAUUCUGCAGGGACAGAGAUUAGUGGGUGCCAUUUUUGCACUCUCCCUUUGCUGUGCUCCAGAAUACAAGUAUCUCCCAGGUAGGAGCUACUACAUGCAUCUGGUGCCCUGAUUUUUAAAGCUGCCACCCAAGAGACUCCUCUUGAUUUCCUAGCUCUGUAGGCCAGGGGGGCCUGUGUCCCUGCUCCAGUGGAACUGUUAAGAGUCAGAAAGGAGACAAUAUCUUUGUCAAGUACUCCAGUUUUUGUCGCUGCUGCCUGGGGACACCUCUAUUGCAUGGGACUGGUGCCAGAUGUGUUAUAACCAGCAGAGCAAGUUCAGCUACCACCUCCCAGGCACAGCAGCAGUCACAGACCCAAGAGCUUGGUUUUCCUGUGAAGGAGACCUAUUACAUAGCUGUCAUGGCUGCAGCCUGAGGGGCAGGCUUCUAAAUAAUCAUGUGUCUAGGGACUGAUUAUAACCUCUUCUGGAGACCUUGGAGGGCCGUACUCUCCCCUCUUCCACACUCCUCAGUGGCAUUGUACUCCCAAGGAGAGCUUUACACAGGUAUCUGGCAGCCUGAUUUUUGUGGCUGCUACCCCUAGAUCAGCUGGCUCUAGUGGCCAGGGACAUGCUUUCCUGGUCAUUCCAAAGUAAUGUGGCAGUUGAAAAGACAGUUCUUGGCCAGGUCCCAUUCCUAAGGCACUGCACAGACAGCAGACUGGGGCAGCCCCCCUCCACCACCCCCGCCAUGUUUUCUGUGAAAGAGGCCUCUUUGCUUUCCUCAAGCUUUGGCCUAAGGAGCAGGCUUCACGUUUGGCAUAUGUCUGGUGGCCUACAGAGCUACUCUCUAGAAACAGAUGCAUUCUUGGCUCUUUUCCUCUGUCUUGCUCCAGCUCAUCAGUAUCUCACAGAAAAGAAUUACACACUUGUCAGAAGACAGAUUCUUGCAACUUCCCAGGGUACACCUCCAGAUCACUUGGCUCUGGUGGCCAGAAGGGCUUACUCUUGCAGUCCCUCAAGAGUGUGUAUAUUUGUAUACUCUUAAGAGCUGCUGCCUGAUGGUCCGGCUUCCAAUCAGCCUAAUUUUUGAUGCUAAGAUUAUCCUCUUUAGGACUCUGAUAGGUCUCAGUACAUAUUUAACUACUGGGAGCUAUUAAAAAUAUAAUAGGCUGCUUAGACAAGCAUUAAAGUUUAAGGGACAACCAAGACCUAGGGCAGGGUUGAACAACAAGUUUCAUCUCCAGCAUUCCUUCAAGAUUGGGAGAAGUGGUUUCAUCAGCUGCAUAGAAACUAACAGAGAGUCAAACAAAAUGAAGAAGAAAGGAAUAUGAUCCAAAUGAAAGAACAAGAUAAACCUCAGCAAAAAAAACCUUAAUGAAAUAGAGAUAAGUAAUUUACUUGAUGAAGAAUUCAAAGUCAAUGCUUAUAAACAUACUGAACAAACUGAAAGGAUAUAUGAACAAAGUGAGAACAUCAACACCAAGAUUGAUGAUAUAUGAAAGUACGAAUAGAAGUCACAGAGCUAAAAAACAGUAACUCAACUGAAAGAUAGUCUAGAGCAGUUCGACAACAGACUAGAGGAAACAGAAGAAAGGAUCAGUGAAGUUGAAGACAAAGCAGUGGAAUUCGCCCAAUCAGAGCAGCAAAUAGAAAAAAGUGAAGAUAGCUUAAGGGACUUAGGAACAACAUCAGAUGGACUAACAUUCACAUUAUAGAGCUUUCAGAAGGAGAAAGGGACAGAUUCCUUAUUUGAAGAAAUAAUGGCUGAAAACUUCCCUAACCUGGAGGAAACAGACAUCCUGAUCCAGGAAGCCCCAGAAAUUCCAAGUAAAAAGAAACCCAAAGAGACCCACACAAGACACAUAUAAAAAUGUGAAAAAUUAAAGACAAGGAGAGAAUCUUAAGAGCAGCAAGAAAAAAACAAUUAGUUAGGUACAAGAGACCCCCUCCCAUAAGACUAUGUGCAGACUUGUCAGCAGAAACUUUACAGGCCAGGUGGCACUGGCACAAUUAUAUUCAAAAUGUUAAAGGAAAAAAAUCUCCAGCCAAGAAUCCUCAAACCAGCAAAGUUAUCAUUCAGAGUGGAAGGAGUGAUAAAGAGAUUUUCAGACACAUAAAAGCUCAAAGGAGUUUAUCACCACCAAAAUAGCUUUAAAAGAAAUAUUAAAGGGACUUUUAUAAGCUGAAAAAAAAAAAGGACACUAAUUAGUAACAGGAAAAUAUCUGAAAGUAAACAUCACUGGCAAGGUAGUGGAUUAAUCAUUUAUAAAGCCUGUAUGAAGAUUAAAAAAACAAAAGUAAUAAAACUAACUAAGGUUAUAAUAAUUAGUUAAUGGAUACAGAAGUUUGAAAGAUGUAAAAUGUAACAUAAAACCAGAAAACACUGGGCUGGAAAGUAGAAAACACUGAACUUUAGAAUGGGAUCAUAUUUACAGUGUUAGCAACCUAAAGUAGACUGCUAUAAGUUUUUAUUUAUAAGCCUUAGGCUAACUACAAAGUAAAAGCCUAUAGUAAAUACACGAAAGAUAGCAAUAUAAUAUGUUACUAAAGAAAAUCUUCAAACUACAAAGAAAGAGUAAGAGAAGGAUAAAGAACAGAGAGGAGCUACAAAAACAUCCAGGAAACAAAUAUGAUGGCGGAGCUAUUGUGACAAUCUUGGUUACCAUCCAUUAAGUGCUGCUGACUUUGGAAAGAUCAUGAAAAAUGUCUUUCCAAACAUGAAGGCACGUCGUCUGGGCACGAGAGGCAAAUCUAAAUAUUGCUACAGUGGACUAAGAAAAAAAGCUUUUGUUCAUAUGCCAACACUGCCCAAUCUUGAUUUUCACAAAACUGGAGAUGGGUUGGAAGGAGCUGAACCUUCUGGGCAGCUUCAAAAUAUUGAUGAGGAAGUUAUCUCUUCUGCUUGCCGUCUUGUGUGUGAGUGGGCCCAGAAAGUGUUAAGCCAGCCAUUUGACACAGUUUUGGAAUUAGCCCGCUUCCUUGUAAAAAGUCACUAUAUAGGCACCAAGUCUAUGGCAGCUCUCACUGUAAUGGCAGCUGCACCACCAGGAAUUAAAGGAAUUACCCAGCCUUCUGCUUUUGUACCUACAGCUGAAAGUAAUUCCUUUCAGCCACAAGUAAAGACUUUGCCAUCUCCUAUUGAUGCUAAACAGCAGUUGCAACGGAAAAUCCAGAAGAAGCAGCAAGAACAGAAACUACAAUCCCCCUUGCCGGGAGAAUCCUCAGCAAAAAAAUCAGAAGGCGCUACAACCAAUGGAGUGACUAAUCUUUCUAACGGAAAUCCUGCAAUCCUCUCUCCUCAGCCUAUUGGUAUCGUUGUGGCAGCUGUCCCUAGUCCCAUUCCGGUCCAACGGACCAGGCAGUUGGUAACUUCACCAAGUCCAAUGAGUUCUUCUGAUGGCAAAGUUCUUCCCCUCAAUGUACAGGUGGUCACUCAGCACAUGCAGUCUGUGAAACAGGCACCAAAGACUCCUCAGAACGUUCCAGCCAGUCCUGGUGGGGAUCGUUCUGCCCGGCACCGCUACCCUCAGAUUUUACCCAAACCAGCCAACACCAGUGCACUCACCAUCCGCUCUCCAACUACUGUUCUCUUUACUAGUAGUCCUAUCAAAACCGCUGUUGUCCCCACUUCACACAUGAGUUCUCUAAAUGUGGUGAAAAUGACAGCAAUAUCCCUCACACCCAGCAACAGUAGUGCCCCUCUUAAACAUUCUGCCUCAGUAAACAGUGCUACAGGAACAACAGAAGAAUCAAGGGCCAUUCCACAGAUCAAGAAUGGUUCUGUUGUUUCACUUCAGUCUCCUGGAUCCAGGACCAGCAGCACCGGGGGACCAUCUGCUGUGGAAGUCAAAACAGAACCUGAGACAUCAUCAGAUGAGCAUCCUGUACAGUGCCAAGAGAACUCUGAUGGGACUAACACUCCCAAAACAGCACCUAGUGCCCUUUCAGGGCAGAAAAGUAACACAGAUGGAGUAGUACAAAAACCUGCAAAUGAAGAUGUCGUUGAAAUAAAAGCAACUAAGGUCUGUGACCAGAGGACCAAAUGUAAAAAUCGCUGUAAUGAAAUUAUGCCAGGCACUUCAACAGGCAAUAAUCAAAGCACUGUCACUCUCUCAGUUGCCACUCAGAACCUAACUUUCACCAGCACCAGCUCACCAUCCAAUGGUGACUCAAUAAAUAAAGACCUUAAAUUAUGCACUAAAAGUCCAAGAAAGCGACUGUCUUCUGCAUUACAAGAGUCCCAGGUGCCUCCCUUAAAGAAACCAAUUGUGGAACAGCUUUCUGCAGUUACCACAGAGGGUCAAAAACCAGGCAGUGUUAAGAAGGACCAAAAGGUUCCACAUUCAGGGAAAACAGAAAGUUCAGCAGCAGGUGCUCAGCUUCCUAGUCAGAUACCAACAAAUGUUAACUCACACAUCAUGGCAAAUCAGCCCUUGAAUUCCUCUGCUCUUGUUAGCAGUGAUUCAGCUUCAGAACCACAAACCACACUAUCAUCAUCUCCAGAUAUAAAAGUAAAGCUUGAAGGCAGUGUCUUUCUCUUGGACAGUGAUUCAAAAUCAGAUGGCAGCUUUAAUCCAAAUGAAUGGCAGCAGGUCACUAAGGAUUCUGAGUUUAUAUCUGCCGGCUGUGAACAACAGCAAGAUAUCAGUGUUAUGACAAUUCCGGAGCACCCUGAUAUCAACGACUUAGAGAAAUCUGUUUGGGAAUUAGAAGGAAUGCCACAGGACACAUAUUCCCAACAGAUACAUAGCCAGAUACAAGAAUCUUCUUUGAAUCAAAUACAAGCACAGUCUUCAGAUCAGUUACCUCUACAGUCUGAUCUGAAGGAGUUUGAGCCUUCUGUUUCCCAAACAAAUGAAAGCUACUUUCCUUUUGAUGAUGAGCUUACACAGGAUAGUAUUGUGGAAGAGCUGGUGCUUAUGGAGCAGCAAAUGUCGAUGAACAAUUCUCAUUCUUAUGGCAACUGUUUGGGAAUUACACUUCAGAAUCAAUCAGUAACCCCAGGAGCUCCAAUGUCAUCUCAUGCCUCCAGCACCCACUUCUAUCAUCCAAUCCAUAGCAAUGGCACUCCAAUCCACACACCCACUCCUACUCCUACUCCCACUCCCACUCCCACCCCCACCCCAACCCCAACAUCUGAAAUGAUUGCUGGGUCUCAGAGUCUGUCACGGGAGAGCCCUUGCUCCAGGCUAGCCCAGACCACACCUGUGGAUAGUGCUUUAGGAAGUAGCCGACAUACACCCAUUGGUACUCCACAUUCUAACUGCAGCAGUAGUGUCCCUCCCAGCCCUGUUGAAUGCAGGAAUCCAUUUGCAUUUACCCCAAUAAGCUCCAGUAUGGCAUACCAUGAUGCCAGCAUUGUCUCAAGUAGUCCUGUGAAACCAAUGCAAAGACCCAUGGCCACACACCCUGACAAAACCAAGCUCGAAUGGAUGAAUAAUGGGUAUAGUGGGGUUGGUAAUUCAUCAGUUUCAGGCCAUGGCAUUCUCCCUAGCUAUCAGGAACUAGUGGAAGACCGUUUCAGGAAACCUCAUGCUUUUGCUGUGCCUGGACAGUCUUAUCAGUCUCAAUCCAGACAUCAUGACACUCAUUUUGGUCGCUUGACUCCUGUCUCUCCUGUACAGCAUCAAGGUGCCACUGUAAAUAACACCAACAAACAGGAGGGUUUUGCUGUGCCUGCCCCUCUUGAUAAUAAAGGAACUAAUUCAUCUGCCAGCAGCAACUUCAGGUGCCGGAGUGUGAGCCCUGCUGUUCAUCGCCAACGUAAUCUUAGUGGAAGCACCCUCUACCCAGUAUCUAAUAUCCCCCGAUCUAAUGUGACCCCCUUUGGAAGUCCAGUAACCCCAGAAGUUCACGUUUUCACAAAUGUUCACACAGAUGCAUGUGCCAACAACAUAGCCCAGAGAAGUCAAUCAGUUCCAUUGACAGUCAUGAUGCAAACAGCCUUCCCAAAUGCUCUUCAGAAGCAAACAAACAGUAAAAAAAUAACCAAUGUUUUGUUGAGUAAACUUGAUUCUGACAAUGAUGAUGCAGUGAGAGGUUUGGGCAUGAACAACCUGCCCUCCAAUUACACAGCCCGGAUGAAUCUCACUCAGAUUUUGGAAACUUCCACUGUCUUUCCUAGUGCCAAUCCGCAGAAUAUGAUCGAUUCCAGCACUUCUAUUUAUGAAUUCCAAACACCAUCUUACCUCACCAAAAGUAAUAGCACCGAUCAGAUCAGUUUUUCUCCUGGAGAUAAUCAAGCACAAUCAGAAAUUGGAGAGCAACAAUUAGAUUUCAAUAGCACUGUUAAAGACCUGUUGAGUGGAGACAGCUUGCAAACCAACCAGCAGCUGGUAGGUCAGGUACCAUCUGAUCUCUCUAAUCCUGCGUCUGAUUUCUCUAGCGAUAUCAGGUUGUCUUCAGAGCUCUCAGGCAGCAUCAAUGAUUUGAACACUUUAGACCCAAAUCUACUGUUUGAUCCAGGUCGUCAGCAGGGACAAGAUGAUGAAGCCACACUGGAAGAAUUAAAGAAUGACCCAUUAUUUCAACAAAUUUGCAGUGAAUCCAUGAGCUCUAUGACUUCAUCAGGUUUUGAAUGGAUAGAAAGCAAGGACCAUCCUACUGUUGAAAUGUUGGGUUAAAUUGUGUUUUAUAAUAUGUAGCACACUGUAUCUAAAGACAUAUGUAUUGUAUUUGUCUUAAUGGAAGUGCCUCCCGCAGCAGAAACACUUACUAUUAAUUGUGACAUUUUAAAAGAGUUUGCUGCAGAAGUGGUUUCUUCUUCAGUAGGAAAUGGUUAGACUCGCCUCAGUUCUUAACAAGUUUCUGAAGAGAGUAGGCUGUAGAAAAACAAGUAUUAGGUUUUAAAUUUUAUAAUGUUCCCCAUUUAAUCACAUUGUUUGCUAGUAAACAAAAAACUAACCAGCUUUUACAAGAGCAGUCUAGAUCUUUAUUUUGUAUAAGUUCGUUUUAAUUCAUUGGUUGAUCUGCACAGAUUUUAGAAGAAACCAUUGAUUUUAGGUAUAGGAUAUUUUUUGUUGGCAUUAUGUUUUAGAUAUGAAAUCAUAGCUAAAGUGAACUGUAGACAAGAAGGUCUUCCUUGAAACAGGGAUGAUAUUCAGGUUAUUAUAAGUAUUUAGGCUUGAAGCAUAGAGCUACUGUAGAAUUAAAAAAAAAUCUCUGUAGGACUUUCUGGGACUUCAGUACCAUUUGCACCUGCAAUGAAGGGCUUAAAUAGGAGAAAAUAAUGGAAAAUUAAAUAUUAAUGUAAGGAAAGCAAAAGCUGCACUAAAAUUUUUAAAAGGAAAAACUAGUAGACAUUUAUAUUUGCAACCUUGCAUUAGUCUUAUUUUAAAAUGUUGAUUUUAAUAUGGAGCUAACACAGAGACAUGCACACGCGCAAGCCCACACACACAACACACACGAGUAAAUAAUUCUAAACAUUAUUUAAUUGAAUAAACACAAGUAUGUUAGAAAAAUAUUUUAUGUUUUUUAUUUGGUAGUUGAGAUAGGGGAAUUUAGAAGGAAACUAGAAACAUUUUCUUAGUUUCAUCACAAUGUCUGCAUGCACAUAUUAAAAUUCCAUUUAGGAUUUAUUUUGAAGGUUUUUAAUUAUAGUAUUUGUAAGUCCUCAAUUUAGUGACUGAUUUCUUCACUCCUCCUGAAUGUACAAAUGCAGUUGAUCAUGGGAUCCCUUUGAAAAACAAACAAGCAGCAGGGAGAUAACAUAAAAAACCCAACAGAAAACAUUUCACCAUCUGAGGUCUGAAGUCACAAAUCUUUAUAACUCUGAUAAAACAAAGGGGAUAUCAAUAGUACUUGAAGAAGAGGAGCGUUUUAUAACAUGCUUAAUUUAUUUAUUAUGAUAACCACAAUUUACAAAAGAAGCACUCAGGAUUUUGUUUUAAAAUGUUUCUCUCUAUGGCUCCCAUUUUGUUCUGUGAAUAAUUAUUUAUGAAUUUCAUACUGACACAAAUCCUCACUAGUUGACAGCUCCAUUUAAGUGAGUUUCAAGAUCAGUUUCAAAUAGACUUUUAAAUUGCCGUUAAGUUCUUAAUAUUAAACCAUUUCUAUGCUACCUUAAAGCUAGCUAGGCUUUCCUUUACUUUAAUUAGUAAGCCAAUCAGAAGACUACAAUCAGUGAAUAUUUAACAAAUGUGAUGAAGGGGUUUAAUUUAAUAAGGUUUCAUUGUUCAAUAAAUUUGUGAGGUAGGGUAUUAACAUUUUGAUAAAUAAAUGGUGCUAGGGUUGGCUCAGAGGUUUAUAUAUUGAUAUGUCCUAGUUAUUGGCAUUUGUGUGUGUUUGCUGUUAUCUUGAUUUAAUGAUCUGUUAGAUAUUUCUUCUUGAUGCUAGUUAUUUCUUCACUGUACAUUGAGACACAGCACUACUGCACACCAAAGUAUGCAAUACCCAAAGGAAACUGUGUGAUUUCUUUUAACAAAUGAUGGGAGCCUUUCUAUAUGAGAUACUCUGAAAAGGAGAUUUUGAGGCCAUUCUAAUCCCUUGUUUACAUUAUUAGCUUCCUACUAAUAUAAAAAUAAUGGAAAUCUUUUUUGAUAAAAAUAUAAAGACUGGAGGAUUUUUAAACCCCUGUACAGUAUUGCAGCAAACACUUUAAAUUUGGUUGAAUUCGUCCAGCGAACUUUCUGGGGUUCAUAUAUUGCACUAAAUUUGUUGAACCUGUGGUAGGCACAUCUCUUAGGAUAAAUGCAACCAAUACAGUCCACAGAUUAAACUUUUUAAAUGUGUUUCAUUAUGAAAAGACAAAAUGUCAUCAAAGUGACAGAUAAAAUUGUCUUAUGUAGCAAUGUGCAUUGAUCUCAAUGAGAUAUUUCUAUUUCUUAUUCUCUUACAUGAGAAUAUUACAGCAGGAAGAAUUAAGUUUAGUUUGCUUCACCAUGUUAAUACAUGAUCACAAAAUGUGCAUGAGUGUUAUUGACUUAUCUUGUACAGUACUAGGUAUUCCUGUAACCACUUUUUUUUUUUCUUGGCUGUAUUGAAACUGGUUCAGUGUUAACCAGACAAGCAUAGUUAUUCACAGGUUAUUUACUUUUUUAUGUUUACUAAUUCUGCUUAGUUAUUGUUGAAUAUGUUCUUUUCUCAGAUUAUUUUCAUUGUUUUGAUGUUUUAAACAUUUUGCAUACUGUUUAUCAUGAUAAGACUUCAUGAAGUAAAUAAUUUUGCAUAUAAUUGCAAUAAGCACUGACUUUUGAACUGAAAAGAAGGAAAAUGUUUUUUUUUUUUUUUGUGCAGUGCAUCAGAGGUUCAUAUAAUAGUCUUGUACUAUAAUGUGCUUUACUACACCAUAAAUGACAAAAACAAGCCCUGUUUCAUGUUUUCAUUUAGUGCAAAAAGUCAAGAUUUCCCCAGUGUUUUGUUGUCUGUUGUACCUGCUGAAACUAUAGUAGUUGAAUAUUGCAGUAGCAUUUCAGUUCUCUUUUUUUUAUUGAAAGUGCUCAAAAAUUGUUUUUUAAAUGUUUUCAAAAACAAUUAAAAGCAUUUUAUAUUAAAUUGACUGGAUCUUAAGGUGCUUUAUGGGAUCUAUUUCAUGUAGGUAGCACACCAUUCUGUAAACCUCAAGCACUUCCUUUGAUCUAGCAAAGGAAAUGGGAAAAAAUUAGCACAAGGGGGAAAGUGCUGCUAAUCUGUACUCUCCUAUUAAUCCAGAAGGCUACAUAAACCUACCUCAUUCAUCAGAAUUCUGCUGUUCACUUAGGAUUUAUUACAAAUGAAUAAUACAUGGCAUAAAACUCCAUGUUAUCAAAAAAAAAACAAAACUCUUCUGUCAUUGACACACAAUGUCUGCUUUAAAAUGUUAGCCUAUGGAGUACCUAAAUAGGGGUAUUUGGGGAGCUUUGAAUAGAAAAAUGGAGAAACUUUUAACACACAGCUGUGUCCAAAAGCAAUGUAGGCAUUUUGAUAAAUCAGAAGUACAAAAUGAUAAGUACACUGAACUUAUAAACCAGAACCUGGGCUAUAGGUCUGGAAGCAGGAAAGAGCAACCAGAAAUUUCAACUCUUGAGGACUAAGAAGCCAGCAUCUGACAUGGAAAUUCCUCAGUCUCGAAACUAAGGUACAGCAACAACCAGUGCCUGGGACUGUAACUUAUAAUGUAUCCAGGGCCUGAGCCAUACAGCUUACUCUCUUAUGUAUACCGAUCCGUGUAGAUCUGCAAUAGCCCCACUAUCACCACAAGCCUGAGGUGUAGACUGGCAGUGGAAGGAAUUAUAAAAGGAAAGUAGAGAGUGGAGACUGGAAAGCGGGGAGGUGACGAGCAAGAAGACUCAUAGAAGGAGCCUACAAACCAAAAUUCUAAAGUACUUGAAAAAAAUAAAACUAACCUGAAGGAAGACCAACAACAAUUACUUCAAG